ACCAGCAGCUGUGGUUGGAUGUUUGUGACACACGAAGAAGAAACCAGCUGUUGUGAUUGGUUGGAUGUUUCUCUACCCAAUCACUUAAACUAGUCAAGUUUUUAAAACUCGAGCGCCAAUCGUGCAACCAAAGUGUUGUCGGUGAGACUGAGCUCGACGUAAAGCGACUUCUAUGUCACGGGUUGUUGGCACUGACUGUUAAAAAAAACAAAACAUGUGCCAUUAGAUUAGUUGGACUCCAUUUCGUAAUUCCCAUCAGCACCGGAAGAUUUCCAGCAUGGCAAGAAAUGUGUCAACAGGGUGUUCGUCAUCUUUUCUGUCUAACCAGGAAACGGGCAUAAAUAGAGAAAACAUCACCCCUGAAUUACCUCCGGCAUCUUCCAUGCAAUAUUUGGAUUCUGACAACUUCCCGGAGAUUACUCUCCUUGACGUCACAGGAGAUUGCGAAACGCACCAGAAUAUAAAUGAUUUCUCUACACUUACAAGCAUGCCCGCAACACCUAUGUCUGCAAGGGGGCCGUUUAGAAUGUUUGUGCCUCACAAUAACUCUAUGAAUGAGUCAACUCCAAGGAUGAAGGUAAACAAAGCAGUCGUCAGACAGCCGCCUCACCUGGAUAGCAACAUUUCUGUGUUUUGGUUGUAUGAUGAGUGUUUGCCAGACAUUACUGAUAUCUCAAUUGACUGUGAAAAGACUAUAACCUCACCUCGUGACCAAUCUGCUGCCUUAACGCCCACUACUUGUGACAACAUUUCACAGAACGCAAACUUUGAGUCUGACAUGGAACACGUAACGUUGAAGCUUGGUGAAGCCACCAGCAAGAAGAUGACUUCUCUAAAAAUGAAUAAAGCACUGAAUAGUCCCAUAUCUUUAGCUGCAGGUGCCACAGGGGAGAGUGUACCUACAGAUCAAGAUAGCCUGCCUUCUGGGAAAGCAACCUGUGUCACAAGUGAUAACAACACAAUCAUGACAGAAACGAGUAUAACUGGUGGUCACCGUAACACCGUUGAUGGCCAUUCCCAAUCUAGUAGUAGAAUCCGCAUGUUAGAGAGCAGCUGCUGUGACGCUUACCACAACACUUUAGAGACUAACCCUCCACAUUUCAAUAGCACAUUUCCUUUGGUCGAAAAGAGUUAUAGUGAUAAUCACAACACCUGUGAUUGUAACCCUCGUCAGUCCAGUUGCAUUAUAACCAACACUUCUAGCGAUGGUCACCAGAACACAUUCGAUGCUAACCCUCUUCAUUCCAAUAGCACAUUACCUUUGGUCGAAAAGAGUUCUAGUGAUAAUCACAACACCUGUGAUGCUAACCCUCUUCAGUCCAGUUGCAUGAUAACCAACACUUCUAGCGAUGGUCACCAGAACACAUUUGAUGCUAACCCUCUUCAUUCCAAUAGCACAUUACCUUUGGUCGAAAAGAGUUCUAGUGAUAAUCACAACACCUGUGAUGCUAACCCUCUUCAGUCCAGUUGCAUGAUAACCAACACUUCUAGCGAUGGUCACCAGAACACAUUCGAUGCUAACCCUCUUCAUUCCAAUAGCACAUUACCUUUGGUCGAAAAGAGUUCUAGUGAUAAUCACAACACCUGUGAUGCUAACCCUCUUCAGUCCAGUUGCAUGAUAACCAACACUUCUAGCGAUGGUCACCAGAACACAUUCGAUGCUAACCCUCUUCAUUCCAAUAGCACAUUACCUUUGGUCGAAAAGAGUUCUAGUGAUAAUCACAACACCUGUGAUGCUAACCCUCUUCAGUCCAGUUGCAUGAUAACCAACACUUCUAGCGAUGGUCACCAGAACACAUUCGAUGCUAACCCUCUUCAUUCCAAUAGCACAUUACCUUUGGUCGAAAAGAGUUCUAGUGAUAAUCACAACACCUGUGAUGCUAACCCUCUUCAGUCCAGUUGCAUGAUAACCAACACUUCUAGCGAUGGUCACCAGAACACAUUCGAUGCUAACCCUCUUCAUUCCAAUAGCACAUUACCUUUGGUCGAAAAGAGUUCUAGUGAUAAUCACAACACCUGUGAUGCUAACCCUCUUCAGUCCAGUUGCAUGAUAACCAACACUUCUAGCAAUGGUCACCAGAACACAUUCGAUGCUAACCCUCUUCAUUCCAAUAGCACAUUACCUUUGGUCGAAAAGAGUUCUAGUGAUAAUCACAACACCUGUGAUGCUAACCCUCUUCAGUCCAGUUGCAUGAUAACCAACACUUCUAGUGAUAAUAAACAGAACACUUUUGAUGCUAAACCUUCCUCUCAGAACAAUGGCACAAUAACAAUGUUAGACGGUAGCUAUACUGACAAUCAUCCUAACACUUUUGAUGCCAACCCUCCUCUGUCUGGUAGCACAAUAACCAAAGGUUUGAGUGAUCACCACUACAAUUCCGAUGCUAUCCCUCCCUCUAUGACCAAUGGCCCAGCAAUGAUGUCCGAAAGCAAUUCUAGUGAUCGUCACCAGAGCACCUUUGAUGCAAGCCUUCCUCAGUCUGGUAGCACAAUAAUCAAUAGUCUGAGUGAUGGUCACCGUAACAUAUUGGAUGCUAACCCUCCAUCUCAGUCCAGUAGCACAGUAACCAUGUCAGAGAGCCAGUCUAGAGAAUGUCACAAAAAUGCCUGUAAGGCUAAUGCUACUCAGUCCGGUAGCACAAUAACCAACCGUUCCAGUGAUGGUCACCACAACACGUUUGACCCCAACCCUUCUCAGUUCGGGGACAUGUUAACCAACAGUUUUAGUGGUCACCACAACAUUUCCGAUGCUAACCCUUGUCAGUCUGGAAGCACAAUAACCAACAGUUCUAGUGGUCACCACAACAUUUCCGAUACUAACCCUUCUCAGUCUGGGAGCGCAAUAACCAACAGUUCUAGUGGGCACCACAACAUUCCCAGUGCUAACCCUCCAUCCCAGACCAAUGCUACCCUAAAGAUAUUAGAAAGUAGUUCAAAUGAUGUUCACCACAACACCUUGGACACUUUCCCUGCUCAAGCCAGUGGCACAAUAACCAACAGUUCCAGUGGCGGUCACUGCAAAAUCUUAGAUGCUAGCCCUCCAUCUCAGUCCAAUUGUACUAAAACUAUGUCUGAAAGCAGUUCCAGUGAUGGUCACCACGACAGCUUCGAUGCCAACCCUCCUCAGGUUGGUAGCACAAUAACUAACAGUUCUAGUGGUGGACACCAGAACAUCUCUGAUGCUGGCUCUCCUCAGUCUACGCUCCAUGUGUCAGAAGGUGGCUCCAGUAACAAUAACCACAACACUUCUCAGCCAAAUGGCCCAAUAACAGUGUCAGAAAAGAACUCGAGUGACAGUCACCAAGGCACCUUUGAUGCUAAGCCUCCUCAUCUCAGUGGCCCAAUACCUAUGUCAGAAAGUAGCACCAGUAUCAACCAUCACAGCACUUUUGAUGACAAACCACCUUCCCAACCCAGUGCAACAACAUCAGUGUCAGAAAAAAAUUCACGGGAUGAUGGCCCAAAUGACAAGGUGUCUCAACCCCUUCAAGGAACAUUUGAAGCCAAUCCAAAUGUGAGUCAAUGUGAGACCAAGGAUUUUUCAGAAUCUGUGGUUGAAGACCCAAGCAUGGAUACAGUCUUCAACAAAAAAGUUAAAACUUUAAAUCUGGAUGACACCCUUGAUUUGAGAAAUGGCAGUCAGUUGAUUACUUCAACACCGAUGACCAGUUGUAAAACACUUACCUACAUCAAUCGGGACCAGGACAAAUUGCUGGAGGCACAGAAAAGUCUCCAUGAGGAUGCUUCCAGCAAACAAGCAGCUCAGGCGCCAACGUCCAAUAUGUCAUCCAACAUCACCUGUGAUCAAAAGAUGCUUUUGCCUGCUAAAUCCAUGCUGCCCACCUCCAAAGCUGCAUCGCAGCUGCUCAAAUUCAAGCCGACAUCCCUGCGUCCAGGACGAGGAGACAUGAUGGGAUCAGGUCUGCCUAUGACAAGGCAAAGAACUUCGGCUGACGCUUUGAGUGCACGCACACUUCAGAAGAGUUCAUCUGUUUGCCGCCCAUACAACUUGGGAGCAACGACGACAGUAUCCGAGCUGCCAAAGUCUGGCCUGGAGAAGCCACGGUUGACUGCAAAACCAUCAGGCCUCCCCAAAGUGGCGUCACUCCUCAGAACGCGAUCCACGAGAAGCAGCACACUGACUUCCUCCAGCGCUGUCAAGAUUCCCCAAACAAAGAAGCACAACUUAGCCAGAGAUGAACCCGUAGUAAAGAAGAAGACAAAGAUGGAUGUCUCCACAUCGUCCAGUCACGUAGCAUCAACACCUUCUGUGGAUAGACGGAGCUCAGCCAGAAGCUUGAGGCCAUCUGCCAACUGUCAGCCAGCUUUGAUGGCUAUAUGCCAAAAAUACGAUGCGGCAUUGUCCACCAGCACUGCUGAGACAUUAGUAGUUGGUGAUGCUGCCUCUAAAACUAAAAGCCUAAGACUGCCUGUAACUAGUCGGAGAGUUCCGCUGACUAAAGGCAAUGGUUGUGCCAAAUGCAUCGUUAUGGAACAGCAGCUUAAAAUGCGAACGAUAGAAUGCCAGAAACUGAAAGAAGAGCUGCAAAAGUACAAGAAAGAAGAGGAGAUAUGAAACACCCCGAUUCCAUCAUAAAUAUUAAUUUUAUCAUAUUUGUAAGAUUUUGACCAUGUUAAUAAAUUGUCUAACACUG